UAAAAUCUGGUUUUAAUGGAAUGAACAGGCAGUUGAGUUCCUCCUCCUGGCUGCCAUUCUCCAUUUCGGUCACCUAAGUGAUGUCAGGAUUUGAAGGACGAAGCGGACUGUCUAAGGAAUACUGGAGUUUCUAAAAGGACAUGCGCUUCUGGAAGGCGACGUGAUUACGGGUUUUGAGCCGGAGAGUCUGUACGCAGCGGGUGGACUUUGGCGGGAUCUCAAACGUCCUGUCGGCUAUAAACAUCGCCACUCGAGACCAAGCCAUAGAUGAGACAUGCUCCCCCUUCAGCGACCCAACCCAUAGCCAUUCAGCCGCAUGCUGCCUUAUUCCACGUCCAGCAAGUGCCUCCACGUGCUGUCCAGACCUGCGGAGAUGUCAGAGAGCGAUAGCAGUGGCGGGCAGUCAGUGGUGAAGGCCCGCUUCAACUUCAGACAGAACAAUGAGGAUGAGCUCUCCUUCAGCAAAGGGGAGCUAAUCACGGUCACGCGGCAGGAGGAGGGCGGCUGGUGGGAAGGCACGCUCAACGGCCGCACCGGAUGGUUCCCCAGUAACUAUGUGCGCGAGGUGAAGCAGUCAGAAAAACCACUCUCUCCCAAAUCGGUGAAGGGGUUUGACACGCCCCAGCUAACCAAGAGCUACUACAGCGUGGUUGUGCAGGACAUCUUGGAACACGAGCGAGACUUCCUUAGAGAGGUGCAGUCCUUGUUGUGCUGCUACCUUCGCCCCCUGCAGGCCAGCAAUAAGUUGUCCAGUGCAGAUGUCAGCCACUUGAUGGGGAACCUGGAAGAUAUUUUUACUUUCCAGCAAGGACUGUGUGCGACUCUGGAGGAAUGUACCAAAAUGCCAGAAGGCCAGCAGCACCUGGGUGGAUGUUACCUUAACCUGCUGAACCAGAUCCGGACGCUACACCUGAGCUACUGCUCCACCCAUCCCUCUGCUGUGUGUGUGCUCACCGAACACGGGGAGGACCUGGACACCUUCAUGGAGAGCCACGGGGCUGGUGGCUCAGGCGUACUGACUUUGACCACUGGCCUCAGCAAGCCCUUUCUGCGGCUGGAAAAGUACCCCACCCUACUGCAGGAGCUGGAGCGGCAUGUCGAGGAAGCUCAUCCAGACUCCGGGGACAUUCCAAAGGCGGCGGCGGCCUUUCAGGGCCUGGUGACGCAGUGCCAUGAGCUGCGCAGACGCAAGGCACUGGAGCUGCAGAUACUGUCGGAGCCCGUGCAAGGCUGGGAGGGCGAGAACAUCCGUUCGCUGGGUCACGUGAUUCACACGGGGAACGUGCAGCUACAGAGCGGUCCGGGCCAGGACAAGGAGGAACGCUAUGUCAUGCUUUUUCCCAGCAUGCUCCUUGUGCUGUCCGCCAGCCCUCGCAUGAGUGGCUUCAUCUAUCAGGGGCGUUUUCCUCUUGCUGGGACAACUGUGGCCAAGCACGUGGCUGGCACUGACAGUGGACAGUUUGCCUUUGAGAUCGCAGGGGGUGUGAUUGAGCGCGUUAUAGUGUUCUGUGCCAACCAGCAGGACCUUCAGGAGUGGCUGGACCAUCUACAAACCUUGACCAAAGGGGGCAGCCCAGGGAGCACCAUCAUCAAGAACACAGAAGGGAAGCCGGCAGCCAGCAUCGGUACUCUGGCCCACCAGAGCCACGGCACGCCCACCUUCGGCCGUGGACCGCUGGAGCCACCUAAAACCAGCAAGCCCUGGUCCCUGAGCUGCCUGCGCCCCGCCCCUCCCCUCAAGCCCUCCGCCGCACUGGGCUACAAGGAGAGGAUAUCUUGUAUCCUGAAGGACUCCAGCAAGAGCCCCCGACCAAUAAAGAAAUUCCUCCCUAAAAGGAAGACUGAAAGAAAGCCAUCUGAUGACGAGGUUCUGAUGAGGAAGAGUACCGCAGCUCUGGAAGAAGAUGCGCAGAUUCUGAAGGUGAUCGAGGCCUACUGCACAGGGGUCAGCCUACACCAGGUCACCACCGCAGCCAGGAAGGACUGUGCUCCUCAGGUUCUCUUGCCUGAAGAAGAGAAGAUCAUAGUAGAGGAGGUGAAGAGCAACGGUCAGAUGGUCAUAGAGGAAAAGAGUCUCGUCGAUGCUGUGUAUGCUUUAAAGGAUGAAGUGCUAGAACUGAGAAAGGAGAACAAGCAGAUGAAGCAGUGCUUAGAGGAGGAGCAGCGCUCCCGUAAGGAGCUGGAGCGCGUUGUGCGGAGGCUGGCCAAGCAGAAGAACGACUGCGUUUGGGACGAAGGCGCUCAUUAAGGCCCUCGAUCAAGUCGCCCGACAGCCCUCCUCGAACUCCUCGCGUGUAUGUGCACGUCAGCACUGUUCACUUUCAGCGUGAAAAUCGCUUUCGAUGAGCAUUAAAAGGACCAACGCACAGGGAUGUAUAAGCAGUCACGUCACGUGAAAUGAGGCUGAUGAUGGUAGCCGGCAGUAUGGGUGACCCCGGCAGAAGCCACCACAAGUCCCUAUUAUGUCUUCCUGUAAAAAUAAACGUGGGGGCAGGGGGGGUCAUAUGCGACAGCUCCUGCGCAGGCGGCUGACAGGUUAUCAUACCGUGUUAGGACCGGACGAAAAAGAUGCCCGUCACAAAAUGAAGCGUAAGUGUUCUGGGCCUGUAUGUCUGUCCUAUAUCCUGUGUCCGUUACACUGAUGACACUAUAAUUCCGUCGUGCCCACUGGGGUUUCCAGGGCAGUGGGCCCCACUGGACAAGGUGCUUCUGCAGUGCACCUGCUUUCGUUUGAGACCAGUCUAGCAGGGCUUUCGUUUUCGCUGUGAUCUUCAGUUUUAUCUAAGUUACAGGCGAAUAACAAAAAAUAGAUUAAGUUUGCAGUUAUGUAGGAAUGACCGUAGCUAGGUGGUGAAUCCCAAAGCAAUAUGAACUUGGCAGUAUCUGCAUGUAUCUGUAUCGGUAUAUGUAUGUAUUCAGAAUUUCAGUAGUAUGUAUUAUCAUUUCUAAAAAUAUUUUCCAAGCAUUUCAAGUCCAAAGCUAUCAGGGAUAUUACGGUAAUGAAACAGUUUCAUCAUGCACGUAGAUAUGUGAUAUAAAGACCAAUACAUUUACCUGUCAAUUAUCUACUUUCUUAAAGCCUUUUUUAGCUUCUUGAUUACUUUAAGAUAAAACUCAUGCUAAUUCAUUAUUUAAUUGAUUAUUUAGAUUUGUUUAUAAAAUACAGUACAUUUGCUACUGAAGGACUUUUUUUGUAGUUUACACCUUAACUUUGUGUUCGAUUCUCUUUUAGCAGUGUAUGUGUUUCUGUGGGUCCCUCUAUGGCAGGGUUCUUCAAAUAUGGACCUCGAUUCCAAAUGCAGGCCUUGUUUUCAGUUCUCCCAGGUAGUUAGUUUAAUAAUUACUGAUUCUGAUUGGUCAGAGUCUUCACACCUGACUAACAGGUAAAGGAAGGCUGGAAAACCAGCAGUGCUUGGACCUCGAGGACCGUGAUUUGAAUAACCCUGCUUUAUGGGAUGGCAUAGGGCUGCCCAUUGGGAGACUGAUGCCUGUGCAAGCCUAUAGCAGUUUGGCUCAUGUGCCAGUGCACAGGAAGGCCCGCCCCUUUCCCAGGAGCCACACCUUCUUGAGAGAAUAAGAUAGGAAGUGCACCUAACGGAAACAUCAAGUUUUCAAUUAAUAAGUGGUUCCCAACUGAUGUAGCUUUGAGCCUCAUGAAUGGGGGGCUCAGUAACAUUCGUCAAUCCAGCAGUUUGUGGGGGCGUCAUUUGUAGAGCAGAAACGUCACUAAGAACAUUUCUUUGAAAUGAUUUUUUCCCCACACACUCUGCGACCGACUGGAAAUGGUCUUUUGACCUACAUUUGGGUCACAACCCCCCCCCUCCCCCCCAGUUGAGAGACAGCUCUGCUAAGUAUGUUGCCGAUAUGAACGUGUGGUGAAAAUGGAGCGAUGUCAGGGCCACCAGGUGCAGAAGGCAGAUUUAAUGAAGGGAGGAUGAGGAGAGAGGAGCCGCUUGGUCCUCACACACACGGAAACCGCCGAUGGCUUAACAGCAUUAAGAGUGAAGACCUCAGUAAUCAUGCAGGCUGGAUGUCAUCGUCACCACACUCUAACGGAGACCUCAGUAAUGCAGGCUGGAUGUCAUCGUCACCACACUAACGGAGACCUCAGUCUCUGUGUACCACACUAAUACACAUCUUAGGUAUUUAGCUAUUGCUGGUACAGAGGAAAAAGACUACAGCUCUGUGGUGGUGACAGCAUGUGUGUCGUGACCCUGGGAGGUCAUCGUACAUCCGCAUCUGUCAGCAGGAAAAAUAUGGUACCAUGGGAAUUUCAUUGGUGUUAUGUUUUAUGAUUAUACCAUGAAAUCUUCAUUUAUUUAUUUUAGUUUUCUUAUUUCACUGAUGAGCUAUGAGGACUCUGAGGUCUGCUACAGUCCCAGAAAUUUAAAUAUUUGUCCCUCGGUAAAGAUGUCAUAAAACAUUUGUCCAUGGUCAGCUGUGUUUAAUUUGGAUAUAUUCUAUGCAAUUAUCAUUAAAUAAGGAAUAUCUUUGUUUUCUAUCCCCUACAAACUAUGUACUUAAUGUUGAAGAAUAUAUUUUAAUAAAGUGUGUGGAUAUACGUGUUUCUAUGUGUAAAUUCUUUGACGGUCCACUGUUUCAAAUAAAGCUGUGAUAUUUGUU